AGUUCUUUGAAGACAUGGGCUGAUAGUAAUGACAUAUUACUUAAGGGUAUGGCUACAAAAAUGAAGGUUAAGCAUGAUAAAUAUUGGGGUAACUUGAGAAACAUGAAUAUGAUGAUUUUUGUUGCUAUGGUACUUGACCCUAGAUACAAGAUUAAGUUUGUUGAGUGGAGUUUUCAAAGGUUAUUUGAAAAGGAGGAUGUUGAUUUCUUAUGUAGUCAGGUGAAGGAGGUAUUCAAUGACUUGUUUAACAGCUAUAGGGUUGCUCUCAAUAGUGAUCAAGCAUACCAAUCUGCACAACACAGCCAAGAUGUGGAUAUGGAUGAUAGUGCCUUUGAUGAUGUUUGCUUUACGACAGCAUUUGAAAAUGAUGUACAAGCAAGUGAGAGUGUCAACACAAAUGAAGUGGAUUUAUAUCUCAUGGAGUCCUUGGAGAAACCAGUUGAUCCAAGUAGUUUUGAUAUUUUAACUUGGUGGAAAGUGAGCUCUAAUAAUUAAAAAUAUCCUUUUCUAAGUCAAAUUGCGAGGGAUAUUCUAGCUAUGCUGGUGUCAACGGUUGCUUCUGAAUCCGCCUUUAGCACUGGAGGUAGAGUGCUUAAUCAAUAUAGGAGCUCUCUUACCCCAAAAACUGUUGAAGCUUUGAUUUGUGCACAAAAUUGGUUUCGAGCCAAUUUAUUGCCAAUUGACCUUGAGGAGUCUUUUGAAGAAUUUGAAAAACUUG